GAUUUGCACCUGGUCAACGUAGUCGAAGAUAUGAAGGCGAGAGAAGCUAGUCAGAGUUUCCAUGCAGAAAGGAAAAAAGGAGUGAGAACUUUGGUACCAAUUCCAAUCGGCUGUGUUCUUGGACUGAUAACUGAAGAUAUAGAAAUAGGUCAAAACCUCACAGACGCAAAAUUGGUUGAACCAAAACUUAAGGUAAACUUUAAAAUACUUAAACUCGUUUUUUUUGUUAUUUAUAUAUAAAGUAACCUAAGAAUCUUGGCACGCAAUAUUUUUAUUGUGUAUAUUAUAAAUUAAAGUUACGCCUUGCGUGUUUUCUCUUUCUAAUGCAAUUACAAAAUGUGACAACCCGCACGACUCGUAGAGACGAAAAACUGUUUUGCAGACAAUAAGUGUCGCUUUUUUUAACAAUUAUAACUUUAUAUUAUUGACAUCAUUGAACUACAACAAUAGAAAGCAAAAAAAAAGUAUCUCUAAAAAAAACAAUACGAUGAUUUUUGCGUUUUGUUUCUUUCCUAAACUUUUCCGAAAGUCUUUUUCAACAACAUUUAACAUCUGCUACAUUUGACAAGUUGAUGACCAGCAUCGCCUACAUCCCGAUCAUCCAUUGUACAGGUAGAUUAAUUUGUGUAUUGCCUAAUAUCCGUAACGCUCCUGCUACUUUUUUAAUACGGGCUAUUUCAAUUAAAUUUAGAAGAGCUUUUGUUAAUGAGAAAGGAAAGUGAAAAGGUAUAUAUCCCAUGAUAAUCCAGGCUAUUGUUAAUUGUAUGGAAAUUUUCUUUCUCUUUUUAUACAAAUAUCCUAAAGACGCAUUUAAACAAUACGUAUACAUUAUAAGUGUGUGUAUGUAUAGUUAAUUUCCGUAGAAGAACGCCGUCGGCCACGUGCGUUAUAGCUGGUGUGUCUCGAGUCAACAAAACGCCGUUCGUAUUUAUUGGUUUUAUUCAUUGCCUAAUUCUAAAGCGAUUUUCCUACAUGUUUACCCGGCUAUUCGUUGUGGGUGUUCAUACAAUUUUUACACGCAAACAAAUUUUUAUAGACGUACCAAGGACGUACGUGUAUGUUUAUAAUCUGCCGUCUACGCCCCCAUCUCAUCUUUCAUAUUAAAUUCAAAUAAAGAUAAUUUCGCUAAACUAUCAUUUUCCCUUUAUCAUAAUAGCUAAAGGCUUCGUACGAUGGUCAGCUAACUUGUUCGGAAGAUGGAUGGCUGGAAGAAAUUCGACCUGCCAGAAAUAGGCACGAACAGAAUGUUGAAGCAGUGAGAGGGGAAAAGAGAAAGCUAGUAUUACGAACCAUCAGGUCAAUUCAUUGCGGACAGGAAAUCUUCGUUUGGUAUGGUGAAGAGCUAGGAAGAGAAAUGAAUAUUCCUAUUUUAUCCCCAGCUAAUAUCAAAGGCUCAAAUGACUAUCGAUGUUCAUCUUGCUCAGCCUCUUUUCAACACCCAAAUGUCCUGAAGGCUCACAUUCGAUUUAAGUGUUCCAGCAAUCUGGGAAGCUUACUUGGGGGUUCAGACGAACCUUUGAAUUUAUCAAAGAGAACCUCUAUUCAGCAGCAGCAACAUCAACCUAUUCAAAUAUUUAAUCAUAUUCAUGCACCCGCCUUUGCUUUACCAGCCGCACUGCUCUACCCGACAUUGUAUCCUACGUCAACUCCAUUCUAUCCUCAAUUUCUUACUUCUGGACCGUCUCCGCCUGCUCCUCAAGUAAAAAAUGAGCCAAAUACCGAAACGCACCUGCCACCCACCUUCCCCUUACCAAGCGAGAAGGAUGGCGAACCUAUCGACCUUCUACCGCGUUCCCUUUACAUGAACAAGUCGAAUAAGGGUCACCUGUGUAUAUACUGCGGAAAGUUGUACUCGCGCAAGUACGGACUCAAGAUCCACUUGCGCACGCACACCGGAUACAAGCCGCUUAAAUGUAAGAUUUGCCUUCGACCGUUCGGAGAUCCGAGCAAUCUCAAUAAACACAUAAGGCUACACGCUGAGGGCGAUACGCCCUACCGUUGUCAUUUAUGUGGAAAGGUUCUAGUCCGAAGAAGAGAUUUAGAUAGGCAUAUAAGGUCAAGGCAUCCAGUAGAUUCAACAAAAAAUCACUCAGAUAGCCUCCCACCAGAAGAAGAGGAAGAAGAGGAAAUGGAAGAAUUAGAAGCUAUUGAAGGAGAGUUGAGUGACGGAGGUGUUGCUGAUGAUGAGGAAGAAAUCGAAGUUGUUGUUUGAGCAACAGCUGCAAUUACUUUUCAAUCUGCCGCCAAUAAAAAGCGGUCAUAAUAAAGAUGUACGAUGACGUAUAGCGGUUGUUUUUACCGCUUCUGUCAAAAUCCCCUAACAAGGGACUCUGUCUGUCGAUACAUGUGGGCGUGGCUAAAUAAAAAGAAUUUAAUCCUCCUAUUUAUUUACGCCUUUAUCAGCG